ACAUUUCAGCAACAGAAGGGGCCCAACAGCGUGGAGAUAAAGUACUACGAUCGUCAGGUGUUGUCGUACUUGCAACCAUCCUGGAUACUCGACACUCCACCCGCAUCCUCCAAGUGCCUUCCCGCCGCUCCCAGCCAAUAUGCCCAAAGGAUUCCUGGUCAAAAGAAACAAGAAGUGUGCACACGUUUCCUACAGGACUCGGCCGGACGACGAUGACCUCCACGAGCCCGCCCGCCUCACCCGAGCUGCCUUCCCGAGCCUGCACGUCCCGCCGACCUGCGCGGCGUCCAGCCCGGACCGCCCUGCGGCAUCCCCGGAUGUCGCGCCGGCCGACGCGUCGGUGCCAAGAACGGAGAAGCCGGCGCAGUUCGGCAACCCCGAGACGGUGUGCCAAGCCCUGUACAGCCCGACCCGGCCCAUCAGCAAGGAACAAGACAGGGCGUAUUUCGAACGCAACUUCAGUCUAGGCUCGCCCAUUUCUGCUGAGUCAUUCCCGACAUCCGCUUCCCUCUCCGGCCUGGACCACCUCCUAUACGCCCCGGUCGACUUGAAAAUCGGCACCAGCAACAGCAGCCGGAGCGGCACGAGCAGCAUCAGCAUCAGCACCAGCAGCGGCGGCGCAGCGGCAGCACCGAGCAACCGGCACGCCGGCACCAAGAGACAUGCACCCGACGGCGCCGAGCGCAAAGCCAAAGCCGCUCCCAAAAAACCCAAAGCCAUCCGAAAGCUCAACUUUGAAGACGAGAUGACCACCUCCCCCGUGCUAGGGCUGAAAAUCAAAGAGGGUCCGCUGGAGGCGAAGCCCGGUGCACACGCGUCGGGAUCAGGAGCCAACAAGCCUCUGGGGGAGUUCGUGUGUCAGCUGUGCAAGGAAGCCUACGCGGACCCCUUCGCCCUGGCCCAGCACAAAUGCUCGCGCAUCGUCCGGGUCGAGUACCGGUGCCCAGAGUGCGACAAGAUGUUCAGCUGCCCCGCCAACCUCGCCUCGCACCGCCGCUGGCACAAGCCCAGAAGCGGCGGCGCCUCUGCGGGACCGCCGCCCUCCAAACCGGCACCCGCGGGUGUCAAAUCCGCCUCCGAAGAAGCCAAAGACGCCAGCGACAGAGACACGCCGAGUCCGAGUCUGUCCGAGUCCGGUUCCGACGAGGGCUCGUACGACUGCCACUUGUGCGGGAAGAGGUUCAAGCGCCAAGCAUACCUAAGAAAACACAUGGCGGGGCACCAGGGACUGCAGAAGAAAGUUCUGGAGGAGGAGCAGGUGCCGCUGCCGCUGCAGAGCACCUCCUCUUCCCCAGAGGACGUCUCCAACCAAAGUCCCCUCAAUCUGAGCUCCGCCGAGCGCCUGCUGUGCCCCGUGUGCGGGGAGAGCUUCACCAGCAGGGCAGCCCACGAACGCCACGUGCGCCUCAUGCACUCGUCCCAAACCUUCCCGUGCAAGUACUGCCCCGCCACCUUGUACAGCUCGCCGGGACUGACCAGGCACAUCAACAAGUGCCACCCGUCGGAGAACCGCCAGGUGAUCCUGCUCCAAAUGCCCGUGCGACCCGCCUGCUGAACGCAGAACUCGUGCCUUGCAACGGGGAGGAACAAGAGAACCAACAACAAAAGCCACGUUUGGGGGCUUCAAAAAAGAAACAAACAAAAAAAAAAAAGUUUGUCAUUCUUAAGUGGCGUCUUUCCCCCCCUCGUGCCAAUCAGUGAUUGUUGCCUGCUUCUCUUUCUAUUUAACUGGAAAUACAAUAUAGGCCUAUUUUGACACUUUUUUUUUUUUAAAUCAAAUUAGUUUACGGAGAAGCUUAGUUUUGACUGUUAAAGGGUAUUUUUUCUAGAACAGCACAUAUACUCAAUGAUAGCUUCUAGACCUAAGAAUUGCUCAGAAAUCCGUCAAAGGCCCACUCUAGCUUUGUUGAUGAAAGACAAAAUGAUUGAUACGGUUUGUCUUAAUAUUGUGUGACUGAAGGAUUUUCUGCUCAGUAGAACCACAAAUGCCUUUAGUGUAGUCCGAACUCGUCGCCAUCUCAUCCAAAUCCCGCGCUGUACAACUAACUGCCUUAAAGAGUCAACAUAUUGUUUUCGUUUUGAAUGCUGGCACAUAUUUGAAUGCUAUUAUUAUUAUUAUUACAAUUGAAAAUUGUUGCAAUAUUUUUCGGGCUCAUCCUAUGUUUAUUUAUUUAUUUAUUCGAAUGUUUUAUGUAACUUAUUGAUGUGUUUGUUGUGAUUUCCCCUCUCUGUGAAUCGUUCCGGCAGUUUACACGUCGUUUAGCCAAAUUAUUAUGGUUAUUUUUUUCUUGUCUAAUUUAUGAGUUGCGACAAGUGUCGUGGGUCGGGUUCUAAUCAUCGAUAUCCUCGACUCUUGUCAAAAGAAGGUGAAGAAAAACAAAAACGCGAAGCUCUUAACUUAGAUGCAAUCUUUUUUAAGGACGUUAUUUUCCUAAAUGUUGGCUUUUAUAGCGCUUUGAUUGUAUGUGUAUA